CCGCCGCGGUGAGUAUGAUUUCUAUUGAUAAUCGAGUGGGUGGGUCUAGUCUUUUCUUCGGGUUAGGCGGUCGUCAUUAAGUGCUCAGGACUCGGAUGUUCCUCACCCAUAUAAGUUUAUAUGUUCUGUGACGCCCUCACCUGCACUGUGACGACCAAAUACGCCCUUCAUUACCAAUCCACUGCCCACGCAUGUCAACACGGCAUCUACGCUAUGGCAGGGUCUUUUUGGUCGAACAUUUCUUCCGCAUUAUUUCUUCAUUCAUUGUUUCUUCCAUAUGUGAGCAACUCAUCCGCCACUCCUUGCAUUCAAUAACAUUUGCACCCAUUUUACUACUUUGCUAAAUUAUCUUUUUAUUACAUCCAACUCUCACUAUGUCUGUCGAAAAUCCUCAGAGUCAAGUCGCUCGCCCCCACAGCCAAGCCCAAUCCAAUUGCCCUCCCAGCGAGACCAUCAAUCAACUCUCAACUCAUGAUUCCAACUCUUCAACUGAUAGCAUCUACUUGGUUCAAGUCAACGAUGCCGCUCUUGCCGCAGCAUAUCAGGAUGAGUUUGCGAGUCCAACGUCGCCUGGACGCUUGGAAAAAGAAAGUUCGCUGCACGAUGGAGCACCAGCCGUUGAGGAAUCCCUCAAGGUGAGACUCGAACAACUCGGGAGGCAGAGACCAGAGGUCUUUGGCUCCGUGUGGGCUGAGAUAGGCUUCGUCUUCUCUACCUCCAUGUCCCAGGUUCUUUCGGAAUAUUUCGUGUCUGGCUUUACUGUCAUCCUUCCAACAUUAGUCAAGGAUUUGGAUAUCCCCGCUGCGUCGUCUACAUGGCCUGCGAGUGCCUUCUCGUUGACGGUGGCGAGUUUCCUUUUGAUCUUUGGUCGAGCAGCCGAUAUGUUCGGAGGAUAUCCGGUCUACGUCGCUGGCAUGAUAUGGCUUACGGCCUGGAGUCUGAUCGCUGGAUUCUCGACAAAUGAGAUCAUGCUCAACUUCUGUCGAGCACUUCAGGGGCUGGGUCCAGCUGCCUUUCUCCCAUCCAGUGUGAUGAUCCUUGGCAGCAUCUAUCGUCCAGGCCCCAGGAAGAAUCUUAUCUUCAGCAUUUAUGGGGCAUCUGCGCCAUUAGGAUUCUUCAUUGGGAUAUUCUUCGCUGGAGUUACUGCCGAGUACACAAUUUGGGGUUGGUACUUCUGGGUCGGAUCGAUCUUGGCAGGAAUCACAGCAUUGACGGCAUACCUCACCAUUCCAUCCGACAUCCAAGAAAAGUUCAAUGCAACAUCAAAGGUCCAGAUGGACUGGCCCGGGGCGGUUCUCAGUGUCUCCGGGCUCGUCCUCUUCACAUUCGCUGUGAUCGAUUCUUCUCAUGCACCCCAACAGUGGAAAACACCAUACAUCUACACCCUCUUAAUCGUCGGGUCUAUUCUACUUCUAACAACGGCCUACGUCGAAGUCGGAGUUGCUGAACAGCCACUACUUCCAGUAUCGCUUUUCAAACUCCCAUGUAUGCCAGCGCUCGUCAUCGCGCUAUUCUUCACCUACGGGUCCCUCGGUGUCUUUCUCCUUUACGCAACAUUCUAUAUGGAAAGUGUCAUGGGAGCUUCACCAUUACAAGUCGUUGCCUGGUAUGUUCCAAUGGCUCUCGGGGGGUGUAUCAUUGCUACCUUCGGUGGCUUUGUCCUCCAUCUACUACCAGGAACAAUCCUCAUCAUCAUCUCGGGCAUCUCCUGGAUCGUAGCCCCAUUGCUCUUCGCAAUCAUGCCACAAAGUGCAUUAUACUGGGCGUACAUCUUCCCUUCCAUGAUCUGCGCAACUGUCGGAAUUGACAUAACCUUCACCGUAGCCAACAUCUUCAUCACGACCUCCCUGCCACGCAAACAACAGGGACUUGCAGGCGCAGUGAUAAUGCUGCUACUUCACCUUGGGAUCGCGGUCAUGCUUGGGUUCGCGGAUGUCGUGAAUACGUAUACGGUUGCCAGCUUGGACAUGAGGAGGAGCUACCAUGCGGUGUUUUGGUUUGAGGUCGCGUGUGCGAGUGCGGCGUUGGUGAUUUUGGUGUUGUUUGUUAAGAUUAAGAAGGCGGAGAGUGAGUUGACUGUUGAUGAGCGGGCCAAGCUGGAGUCUAGUGAUGGGGGUGGAGUGUGGAGAGAGGAUCAAGAUGCUGGCAGGCGAGCUGUAGAAUCUAGAGAGGGCGAAUGACACGCGCAAUGAUGGGAUUACGUGAGUAGAGGUUAAUGAUUGGAAAUCGUUGAAUUGUGGUCACGUUGAUGGGAAAGAGUUUGAUGUUAGACAUAUAGAUACCCUGAACAAUUUUUGAAGAUGCCC